UUUCUAAGGAUGAAAUGUUGAUCUAAGAGAUAUUUUAUCACCGAAAAUGAUACGAUAUAGAGGGGAGAGAACCAGUUUCCACCAUCUGCAGUGAAACGCGGGAUUAAAAUAGCCUUACAUGAGGAGAAAUAGCUGCGACUUCAAGCUUUUAAGCUUUCACCUGGAAGCUACGCAAGGACCCGUGGGUGGUCCUCGGACCCCGCUUUGGAAACGACCCUGCCCCUGCCUUUACCUCAUGUGGCUUUGAGCAGAAACUCAGAGCUUCAGUGAGCCCAGGUUGACUUGUUUUACCCCUGCAAAGGUGGUGCAGACGGAGAAAGAGAGUGUGGAAAUAUCUGCCAAAGAGAACCAAACCGCAGCACAGGUGUGUCGGAUGAAAGAACAGGAAGCCAUUGGACAUUAUCCCAGUGCUGCUCGGAUAAUACGUUUUUGUGAUGGAGUGGCGUGAGCAGUCUGCUGUCAGCUGUGAAGAAGCCUACUUGGAGGCGCAGAGGUGGAUAGAGGCUGUAACCAAGAAAAACUUUGGGAACAACGACUUCCGAUCAGCACUGGAGAAUGGCAUUCUGUUGUGUGAUCUGAUCAACAAGAUCAAGCCUGGUGUUGUCAGGAAGAUUAACAGGCUGCCUACACCUAUCGCUGGACUGGACAACCUCAACGUCUUCCUCAAGGCCUGCGGGAAGCUCGGACUAAACGAAGCACAGCUCUUUCACCCAGGAGACCUCCAGGACUUAUCCACAAGAGUUACAGUCAAGGAUCAAGAGACCAGCAGGAGGCUGAAAAAUGUAUUGAUCACUAUUUUCUGGCUGGGUAGAAGAGCUCAGAGUGACCGAUUCUAUGAUGGACCUUACCUGAAUUUUAAAGCAUUUGAGGGAUUAUUGGGCACAGCGCUAUACAAGGCUCUGCAGGAAUCAUCUAGUCAGAAAGGCAGCAACGUUCGUGACAGUGGUUUUGGAGAUAGCUGGUACUCAGAGAGAGAGGAACUCCAACAUCUGAGAGGAGGAGGAGGAGGAGGCGGACACAGGAGAGACGACUCCCUGGACAGCUUGGACUCUUUGGGCUCCAGACCUCACAGUAUCUCAUCUGACACCACUCUCAAAGGCAGCAGCGAGGGUUGUUGCAGUGACACUGAGGUGGACUCUGUCUUCAAGAUGGCUGAAAACAGGGACGGUGUCAGUUACCGCCGGUCGGUAUCCAUCACACCAAAGGCCAGCGCACCGUUUAACCAGUUCCUGCCCACUAAAGACAAACAGUCAGGCUACGUGCCGGCACCACUGAGGAAGAAACGGGCUGAAAGAAAUGAGGACAAUCGGCGCAGCUGGACCAGCCCUUCAUACGCAGAGGAGGAGGGAACUCUAACCAGACAGCUCCAAACGCAAGACAGUAUCGAUGGGAGUAAAUCAACAAGUGAUAUCCUCACUGACACCACCGUCAUCCGACAGGCUCGUUACGAGGAGCUGCAAAAGUAUCGUGAGCAGAUAAAGGAGAGUGAAGAUAAGUGGCAGGAUGAUCUGAGUAAAUGGAAGAGCCGCCGCAAGAGUGUCAACUCUGAUAUCGUGAAGAAGAAAGAGGAGAGGGAGAAGAUCGAGCAGAUCACGCACGGUAGCAGAAGGUCCAAGACCUUCAAGGAGAUGCAAGAGGAGAGAGAAGGUAGAAGAAGCAGCAUUGGCAGCCGUCUCAAAUCAUCUCUCUCUUACCUGGACGACGACGAGGACGUGUUUGAGAAACCUGUCACUUCUCCUCGUUCCCGAACCCUUCCUGCUCGGAGCUACACUAUUGACACUCCUUACUAUUCCUCUGAGUCUUCUCUGAAGGAGGAAGAACCCCCUGCUGCUUCCCCAGCCACAGGCAGGGCCGCCUCCCCUCCCACCUCACGAGAAGUUGACAUUGUGGACAGUCCCGCAGGCAGUGACGCCACCACCACCACUUCCACCACCACAAUCACUUCCAGCAUCACUCCUAGGUCACUGCGUCGCUCCCAGUCUCCAGAACCUGCACCCCCAAGAAGAAAUCCAUCCACAGGAUACACCAGCACAGUAAAAACAGAGGAAACCACAACCGUUUUAUCCUCGUCUAGCUCAGCGCCGAAGGUGCCUGAGCUAAGGCGCCCAUUGUUGGUCACACAACCCGUAGUAGAGGCCCCUUCCUCUGGUUCUCUGUACAAACCACAACCACAGAUCAGCUCAAUGGAACCCAAGCCUCCUGCAGUGUCUCGGGUUUCCGCCUCCCUCCCCAGGAGCUACCAGAAAUCGGAUACCACACGUAUAACCUCAGUUGUCACGCCGAGGCCCUUCGGGACUCAGUCAUCCCGCAUCACCUCACUUCCCCGAGCAUAUACAACUGAUGAUUCCCAAAAGCGGGUCAACGGCAACGUAGACGCUUCAAAGAAGUCAUCAGUGCCAAGCCGAUACCACGAGUUCAUGACCUCUGAGGAUGAAGUGGGCUCCCAGUCUAGCUCAGCUCACAGCAGUGAGGAUGAGACGGAGGACGAAAGCAAGACAGCUCCCAAGAGUAUCCCAUCUACCAAGAGCGUCUCACCUGUCCCUCCUAUGGUCAAAAGUGUCUCACCUGCCGUACCUCCGUUUAAGAGUGAAGUCCCAGUCAGUCCUGCUCCAGCCAAAGAAAACAGCCAGGAGAACUACUGUGAGAUGCGGAUCAGCCUGAACCAGAAGCCAAACAGCAGCAGAGACUUUGGUUUCCAGGCAGCCUGGGACUCCACAGGAGCUCGCGUCACAUCCAUUCAGCCAGGCAGCCCGGCUGAGAUGUGCCAGCUUCAGGUGGGAGACGAGGUGCUGGCUGUGAACAGACACCAGGUGGCAGACAUGAGCUACACAGACUGGAAGUCCUGCAUGGAGGAGGCUCUGCAGGACGGCAGUCUGGUCAUGGAUGUACGCCGUCAUGGCAAGAACAACUGGGACAGAGAUCAGCCUUCCCUGCCAUUUAAAAGCCAUAAGACCAUCAAUCUGACCAGUUCGGAUCAUCCAAUACUUCUAGGUUCACCUGGCACAAGCAUUGUCAAUCCCAGCCUAGACUUCACCUCCCGCAUUUCCCCAGAAAAGCUGCCAUCCAAAGAGACCCCGGCCCAUCCGGUCAUCGAUGUGGCUUCAAACGGAGUUAAUGGAGGUUUCCGUGAGGAGUCAGUGACCAUGAGGAACAAAGAGUCAGAACCCAUAUCUUUGAAAAACUUAAAACGGAGAUCAGAGUUUUUUGAACAAGGAGGAUCAGAGGCUGUGAUGCCAGAUAUUCCAGUUCCUUCCAUCACUCCAUCCUCCAGUCGCUGGUCCUGGGACCCAGAAGAGGAGCGUAAAAGACAGGAAAAAUGGCAGAAGGAACAAGAGCGCCUCCUACAGGAGAAAUAUAAGCGGGACCAGGAGAAACUGCAAGAGGAGUGGCUCAAGGCUCAGGAGGAGAUUUCAAUGAGUGGAGGCCAACAACAGCCCGUCAGCCUUGGGGUGAACAGCCACAGCAUCAGCCCUCACUCUCCCCACUCUCCCACCAUCCCCACCAUCUCUCCACUGUGGGAGGAGGAAGAGAGAAAGAGGAAGGAGGAACAGGAGCGCCAGAGGCAGGCUGAGGAGAGGAGGAAGAGGGAAGAGGAGGAGCGGGAGCUGCAGCGCCUGCAGGAGGAGAGAAAGAGGAGAGAACAGCAGGAGGAGGAGGAAAGAAAGAGGAGGGAGGAGGAGGAGCUGAGAUGGCAGAGGAGGAAAGAGGAGGAAAGGGAGGAGGAGAGGAGGCGGCAAGAAGCGUUGGAGCAGCAGCGCAGAGAGAGGGAGAGGGCCUUGGAGCAGCAGCAGCAGUGGGCUGCUGGUUCCCAUGGCUUUGCACUAUCCUUUACAGACAGGGCAAAAUCCAAAUCAUCUCCACAGCUUGAUGAAGAGGAGAAACCUCAGAGAAGAGGUGUGAAUGCACAGCUCGGAGGCAUGGCUCACUGGCUGCUGGAGGAGCAGCUGAGGAGCGCUCGUGACAUACAGGCGCAGAUUGAGCUGGCAGCUUCAGAGCUGGAGCUGGAGAGGAGAAACAUCCUUAAUGCCAUGAGAUACAGAGAGCCAGAGAGAGUGACGAGUAGUGGCGUGUUUGAGAAGAAGGGUCAGCAGCCCUCGUCGCAGGCAGAGUUGGAGCGACAGCAGAUCCUGAACGAGAUGAAGAAGAAGACUCCGCUGCUGACAGACAACAGCUGGAUACGCCAGCGUGCCUCUGAGCCCCCGGUCAACAAAGACCCUGAUUUGCCCCCCAUGCGCAGAGGCGAGUCCCUCGACAACCUUGAUUCCUCAUACAACUCCUGGCGCUCAUCAUGGACUCCAAGAAGCAGCUCCUCCAUCCCAAACUACACCCGCCCUCACUCCGCCCUCUCUGGCAGCACUAACUAUUACCAGGGCUGGUCGGGUUCUCAGAGGACGGGGUCCUCCACGCUGCCCUCCUCCUACUCCAUGGGCUCCCUGCGAGGUGGGGCUGGAACCCCCUCGUCCCCUUGGUCCCGGCAGUCUCCCUCCCACUCUCUCUCCUCCCUGUCACCAACCACCUCUCCAGAGCCCACGUCUGAGGCUGGCGCCCCUCAGCAGAAGAGCAGGUCAGUGAGUGGAAAGAAAAUCUGUACGUUCUGUGACACCCCGCUGGGAAAGGGAGCAGCCAUGAUCAUCGAGUCCCUCGGGCUCUGUUAUCAUUUGGGCUGUUUUAAGUGCAUCGACUGUAAGUCUGACCUCGGGGGAACGGAAGCUGGGGCCGAAGUCAGAAUACGAAACAAACAGCUCUACUGUAACUCCUGCUACAUGCGAUUCAAAACUGGCCAGCCCACCGCUAUGUGACGUGGCCGUGCUCCAGCAGAUCGAUGAAGAAACUACUUGUGACAACAACCCAUGAACUUUUAAAGUGAACAUUGAAGCCAUUGCAAACAGCCGGGACUCUUUGGUUUGGAUGUACUUCCAUUUAAAACUCACUGAUGAGAAUUAUAUUAGUGCUUUAUCGUGUGUGAUUGAGAGGGUAAGCUUGCAAAGACGUUAUCUGCUUAUAUGAUACUAAGUAUUACUGUUGUACAAAGUAUAAGGGUCCUGCAUGCGCUGCAGUCUGUAAUGUUCAGCUACAAAUCUAGUCAAACCGUUAAAUUGUCAGUAAGAUUCUUAAGACAGAUUUUAGUAAAUCCAGAGAGAAUUUCCAUGGAUUUCUGCAGGAUCACCUCUUCUUAUUCAUGCUUUUUUCUUGCUCUGUCUUGUGGUAUUAACGCAUUCGUCAGCCAAGGUAUUCUUAUCAUGUCUAUGUGCCUUUUUGUCUUUAACAGGGAGAAAGAAGUAAUUAAGAUUAUUAGAGCUCUUUCAAAUAUAUAUUUAAAACCGUCUGCUUGGAUAGCACUUGUCUUGCUGAUAAAGAGGAUUGUACACACAAGCAGGUUUCCAGGUGAAUAAUAUAUCAUCCUGAAUGGCAUUGAACGGUAAACAUUUGUAAAUAAAACAACCAAAUACUCA